GCGGUUUCAAAACGACAUAACCAACCUUGAGUAGGGUCAAGCCCGUUCAUACUGAAGGCACUUAUCCUUCUGACUUGGACCAACAAGCAUGACAUACGAAUUCAACUGAUCCAUUCAGCCAAUAACCCAUUGACGACACUCACCGAAAAAGGGAACACAUAUUACAGAGCCCACCAUGCCUCGUUUCAAACCCACCUCGGCAGCCAGGACGAGAUUCUCGGCACCACUCGAUGCCGUGAACCUCCAGACACUCAAGUCCGGCUUUUCCGGCCAGGUUGAGCGUGAACGCAUGUCCCGACUUCGGAGUAAGAUCGAAGAAGUGCGCGCUGCUUGGUUGGAUAAUGGCGCAUAUGCGCAACUUGUGGAGGCCGUGCGGAGAUGGUGUAAGCCCGAGAGGCUCCCGGAAGAGGUGCGCGAACCACUUGAACGACUUCUCAGUGGUUACCGCGACUACGCUGACGUUUCGGUCAGUCGCCCUUCUGAUAUCGGUACCACUGACAGCAGCGAGCAGUACGAUGCUCUGGAAAUGUACUGCUCUGUUCCGGGAUACGACUACCUCUUCAAGCUGGUCAGUGACACCCUCCGUACGGAACACGCUGCUGAAGAGCAUCUCCUGGUUGCUACCACACUUAUCGAGUUCCUGACCAUUGACCUGUAUAACCUCCGACUGUCCCAACUUGGUGAUCCGCGCUAUGGAAACUUUGAGGCCUUGACGUUAACUAGUGCCGAUCCUAGGGUCAUGGAAGACUUCGCGACGAAGAAGUCACCGGGGGGCGAACAAUUGGUGCACAUGCACCUUCAGGUCCAUACGAGGGGCAUUGAUGAGGGCCUUCUCAGGGCCUAUCGGACGCAAUACCCGGACAGCGUGGUCACUUCGAUCUGUACCAUACCGGUGGCCAAUAUUUCGCCAGAGGGCGAAAGGGAGAUUUUACUCAGGGGCGCCUUCUUCCAAUUAUUGUCUAUCACCAACAAACCAAACAGAGGGGAUAGUGUACCCAUUAUACAAGUCAUUAUUAUCACUAUAAACUCCAAUCGCAAUCACUCGACCGAAUCUUACAUAAACAUUGACGAAAAAAGAGUCCAGCGCCAGAUCUUCCGGCAACUAGUUGAUGCGUCCAAGUACCGGGCAUGUACAGAACUAGCAGCAGAAUUCGCACCUACAACCGUUCAGGGAUACAGGAUAUUAACUAAUAAAAUGUUGAGCGAGAUUCUUGAGAUGAAGAAACUCGACUUUGAUGAACUCGACGGAGGGUCUGGUGGUACGCGAGGCCUCCAAAAGGAAGAUGUGGCGCUAUGGCUGGGAGGAAAAUUGGCUAGCAGCUAUCCAAGACAAUAUGCUCUGCGACGCAAGCAGUGGCACCAAGCGCUGGUGAACAAGGACUGGACUGGGGCUCUGAAGACGCUCAGCAAGGAAUACAGCUGGCGACAAUGUGACUGGUAUAAUACUGGGUCAUUGGAUGCCGAAGGUGAUGGUCUUUCAGCGCUGCAUAUAAUUGCUGGUAGCAGGCCGCCCGAGGACAAGUACUCUGAGGAGUACCGAGCAUGGGAAGAGCUCGUCGAAGAAGCUCAAACAAAUUCUCGUGUGUGGAAAACCUUGAAGUCCUUUGGAGGGAAAGGGAAGACCGCACGAGACACGGCAUAUAACCAAGAGCUGGCGGAAGCAUUCAAGCCGGAAAUUUUGCAUCAUGUGGAGGAAAGAAGACUCCUUUACCUGGAAGAGCAGCUUCACAGAUUAAUGAAGGAUACUGCUGGUUGUCUUGUCGACCCUUCUCGAUUCAGGAUGCCACAACUGUCAUGUUUGACAGAAAUGGAGGACCCAAGGUUGUGGAUCGAAAUACCACAUCUGUACGGAGGUUUCGAGGUUGAGUUACUGCCAUCUGAGCAAGCUCUCCGAGUGACAACUAUCGAAACCAUUUCCGGUCAGACGUUGCCUCGGUCCACUACACAGGUGUUGGAAUCCACCCCGGUGAGCUUCGAGGUUAUCGAGGUGGAAGAUUUGCUGACAGAAGAUAUUGCGAAGUUGACUGUCCAGUUGACUGUCAUUCCGGUUUCGAAAGGGGCGGUUUAAGUUUUCUAGAAGUAUUAUUUGGGUCACAACCAUUGUCGCCUCAUGCGGAAGUGAGGUAGCAGACAGUUUCGGCAAUGGAGAGCGAGUCGAAAGGAUCUUGGAAGUCUGCGCAUCUACGGUGCCGGACCAGUUAUACACCAAGCUUGUUUGCGCAACGGAGGGGGUUCUGCGUUUCGUACCGCGGUGGUUUUGGAAGCUCGAAUCGUAUUCGGCUAUUCGCUGUUUUGAUAGGUGUGGUACGAUUUCCAUCUGUGGGGACCCUACAUCCAGUGCUCCCUUAAUACCGUCCCGAUAUCACCAUGUCGUCGCUAAAGUUAAACGUCAGGUUACACAGUGUGCUGCCUAUGCAGCCUGAAAGAGGGGCAACAACAAGACUCGAUGGGAGAUGUAGAGAAAAUUCAAGCGAAACUCUACGUACAUACCUACCUACCUUACAUAGUUGUGAUCGAGGCAUUUGGAGACUGCCGGUUUUCUAAUUUUAAUUUUUCCGG